AUGACGCAUCUCGAAUGGCCAAAGACACUACAGGAAUGGCGCGACAGAUGCUGGAAAUUAGAAGGCAGCUGGCCAUACGACCUCUGGAGACGUGAGCCACUUCGAAAAUUCUUCCAGGAAAACGGUUAUACCUUGUGGAUAAAUCUGAAUGUAUGGGGCUUGGGAGGUGAUUUUCGAGACCAUCUGGAGCUUUUCCCGCCAAACGACGAACCUCGUCGACCUGACGGUUACACCUUCGUGAGUCGUUAUCAAUGUGAACCAGGCCUCGACAUUGGAAGAAUGAUCUUUGGCCACCUCAAUAAUAUCCACUGUCCGGCGCGCACCGCUCAUAAUCAGGACGUUCUCAUUCGUUUAUCUAUACCGUGGUUCUACGACGUGGAAGAGAUACUUGAUUAUCUGGUGCAAAUAUUCAGGGGCAUUAAGUACUGCCAUGACAACAUGAUUGCGCAUCUCGAUCUUGACAGCGAUAACAUCCUGUUCAAUUUUAUUGGAUACCAAAAGGAGCCUGAUGGAAAUAAGGAUGCUUAUGUCACUUGGCCAUUUCGAUCUCAAUUCCCUAUUCGAUAUUAUAUUACCGAUUCCGAACUGGCGGUUUGUUUCGAUAAGGACUCGGAUCCUGCGAGCAGGAAAAUCACUAGCCUACCCAACGUCCGAGUGGGAAGAAUGGGAGAGUAUGCUCGAGAAUACGCACCAGAAAUGCUCGUUGGCGAUCCCUAUUGUCCCUUCAAGGUGGAUGUGUGGUAUUUAGGCCGGAUGCUUAACGCUGACAUGUAUACUGAAGUGAAAGGCUUCAUCAAAAAAGUGUGGAGUAUCUCGAAUUGA